AUGUGCAUUCUAAUCUUCAUCGGUAACAAUGGUGAGACAUACUUCAACACUGCUGCACUUGUCUCAUGUGUUCAGAACUUCCCCAAGAGCCGUGGACCAAUUGUGGGUAUCCUCAAAGGAUUCGCUGGAUUAAGUGGUGCAAUUCUAACGCAGAUUUAUGCAAUUGUACACUCUCCUGAUGAUGCUGCACUGAUCUUCAUGGUUGCAAUUGGCCCAACAAUGGUUGUUAUAGCUUUAAUGUUCAUUGUAAGACCUGUUGGAGGCCACAGACAAGUGCGGCCUUCUGAUGGCACAAGUUUCACAUUUGUAUACAGCGUCUGCUUGCUCUUGGCCACUUAUCUUAUAGGUGUCAUGUUAUUGGAAGACCUUGUCGACUUAAGCCAGUCAGUGACUGUCUUGUUGACCAUCAUUCUAAUAAUCUUUUUAUUAGUUCCAAUAGUCAUCCCAGUUCUACUCAGCUUCUUUUUGGAUGAUGGUGAGACUUUCUAUGCACUAUUAUUGCCAUCACCUCGGAAAGAAGAACCAACUGCACCAACAUCUUCUGAGGAGCAACAGGAGGUUAUACUCAGCGAGGUGGAGGAUGAAAAGCCAAAGGACGUUGAUUUACUUCCAGCCUCAGAGAGGCAAAAAAGGAUGGCAGAAUUGCAGACAAGGUUAUUUCAGGCAGCUGCUGUUGGUGCUGUCAGGGUUAAGAGGAGGAAAGGUCCACGGAGAGGAGAGGAUUUCACACUGAUGCAAGCGCUCAUCAAGGCAGAUUUCUGGCUUCUAUUUUUCUCUUCUUGCUUUGGGCUCUGGAUCUGGUCUCACUUUGUGAUUGAUAAUCUUGGGCAAAUGAGCUAG